AUGGACGCUUUGACGUCGGACCUGCAGGAUGAGGCACCCUGGUGCAUGCUCUUUGCCGAUGACAUCGUGCUUGUCGGGGAAGAAGGCAUCGAGGUACAGAGCAGACUGACGGGGUGGCAACGGAGGCUGGAAAGUGUUGGCUUGAAGAUUAGCAGAUCCAAAACCGAUUAUCUGUGCUGUGAUUUCGGCGGUCUUUCCAGUCCUGUACCCAUGUCGUUGGAUGGCGCUACACUGCCUAUCUGCUCAGAUGUCAAGUACCUCGGUUCCCUCAUUCAAGGCGACGGCGGAAUAGAUAGAGCUGUGCAGCAUAGGAUUAACGCAGGGUGGAUGAAAUGGCGACAGGUCACAGCCACAACGUGCGAUCCCCGAAUGCCAAUAAGGCUGAAGGGGAAAAUUUACAAAUCGAUCAUCCGACCUGUCGUCAUGUAUGGAAGUGAAUGCUGGGCCGUCAAGAAGAUGGAUGAAAAUAGACUGCAUGCGAAUGAAAUGAGAAUGUUACGAUGGAAACCAAUUUCUGUACUACCAACAUUAAGUAAAAUUUUUGAAAAAAUUAUUUUAGAUCAGAUGUUAAGUUUCUUUCAUCAUCAUCAUCAUCAUUAUUACAGCCCUUCACAAGUCCACUGCUGA